UGACAACUAAAAGUCGUGCGGGUUUCGCUUUUAGUUUACUAAGCUAGUCGAGUGCGGGGAGUUUCUUUUCUAAUUUAAUUAUAAAUAAUAAUUAUAUUUUAUACCUUUAUCAUAAAAUUACCUAUAUUGUGAUUAAUUAUUAAGGGUAUGUAGCAUUUAGUAAUAAGAAUUAAAUUUUGGGCUGGAACCGAUAGCUUAAAUUAAAUUGUGUAAACUUAUUUUCUUGAUGUGGCGGUAUUAUUUUUUAAGGCACAGCAAUGUGAAUAUUAUGUACCUGGUGUAAGGACUAUUAAGUGAAGUGAAGUCCAACGUGUGUAAACCUGUACCUAACUAAGUAGGUACAAAAUAUCUAUGGUCCCAUAAAAAAGAUACAUUAUGCACCAUAACGGAAUAUCUGCAUGCUAACGAAAACAAUGAUUUACAUAAAAUAUUAACAAAUAAUUAUAUUUUUAUGUUUUAAUUUAUAGAAUUUAUUGCUUUAUGACCAGCUACUAAUAAAGUCAGAUAUCUUAAUUAAUUUUUAUAUCGAUUCUGCACGAAUCGAUAAAGGUAUAAAAUAAAAUUUCCUUUGUCAGACCGCGACGCCAAGUAUUAUAAAAAAGAAACAUUUCAUAAUAUGGCGGCAAUUUGUAAAAACAUUAAUUUAGCAUAAAAUAAUUUGUUUUCGCGUAUUACGUUUGAAAUAUGGCAAACGAAGCUGUUUUAAAAUAUUUAGAAGACACAAAUCGGCCAUAUUCGUGUGCCGACGUUACGGCGAACUUACGAGGAGCGUAUUCGAAGGGCAAUGUCCAAAAGGCUUUAGAUUAUUUAAGCGAGUCUGGUAAAAUUAAAUGUAAACUGUAUGGGAAGCAAAAAGUAUACGCUGCUAUACAACCUGACGUUGUUGCUGCUGAUAACGAUGUGGAAGAUUACGAUACCCAAAUAAAAAAUCUCACCCAAGAGCUAUCAGAUGUAACAAAAACAUUAAAAUUAUAUGAAACAAAUCUAAAGAGUUUAACUUCUACACCGACUACCGAAAACGCUAAAACUAAAAUAGAUCUAAUAAAGAAAAAUCUAGAAGCACUAGAAACUAAACUUGCGAUAUUGCGAAAUUCUACAGAGGUCAUGAGUGCAGAGGAAAAAAAAACUAUUUUGGAAGAACAUGAAAAACUUGUUAAAGAAUAUAGAAAACGCAAGCGAAUCUCAUGUGAAAUGCUGGAGGCAGUGCUAGAAGGCUAUCCGAAGUCCAAGAAGACUUUAAUAGAAGAGCUGUGCAUAGAAACUGACGAAAUGGUUGAAUUCAAACUAAUGGACAGCGCGUGAUUAUAACGAAAUGAAUUAAUUUAUGUAAUACACGAUUAUUUUUUUACC